GCGAAUGGAAUAGGCUACAAACAAGCAGACACCAUACCAGAAGUGUGAGCAGUGGUUUAUGGCACAGCUUUGUCGCGGGCAACUGAUCGCUUGAAAUCAUGCUGGAUUGACUGAAGAGGCUACUACAAUCAAUGGCUUGGCUUUGAAAUCGUUAACAUUUUAUUGGAAAGGAGUGUGUGAGACAGAGGGAGAGGGAGAGCGAGGGAGCAAGAGAGUGCGGACGAGUGAGAGAGAGGGGAGAGAGAGGUGUAAAUAAAGAUUAUUUCAACAAUGGAACUUUCAAUGGAAAACAUUGGAAAUCUGCACGGUGUAUCUCAUUCUCAUCAAACGGGUGACUUAAUGAACUCUCCGCACCAUGGACGGCAGUCCUUAGCGUCGCAUCGGAACUUGGUGUCGCACGGACGGUCAGCCAUGGUGUCCAGUAUGGCCUCAAUAUUAGAGGGAGCUGGGGAGUAUCGCACAGACCAUGCAUUGUCCGGUCCCUUGCACCCCGCAAUGACCAUGUCCUGCGACUCCGGGAUGACCAUGAGCAGCACUUACACUACGCUGACACCGCUGCAGCACCUGCCUCCCAUAUCCACCGUCUCGGAUAAAUUUCACCAUCAUCCUCACCCGCACGCUCACCACCAUCCGGCGCAUCAGCGUCUCACCGCCGGCAACGUCAGCGGCAGCUUCACCCUCAUGCGGGACGACAGGAGCCUUGCCUCGAUGAGCAACCUUUACGGCCACUACCCUAAAGACAUGUCCGGCAUGGGCCAGCCGCUGUCCCCUCUCUCCAACGGCCUCGGGUCUUUGCACAACUCGCAGCAGACUCUUGGCGCCUACGGUCCGGGCGCCCACCUCUCCAACGACAAGAUGCACUCGUCCGGAGGCUUCGAGUCUCACGCAGCGAUGCUGUCCCGGAGCGAGGAACACCUGGCCCGGGGAUUUGGGGGCCACGGGGCCGGCAUCAUGUCAUCCCUGAACGGUAUGCACCAUCACAGCCAUCCGCACUCUCAGGCUAACGGGUCCAUGCUCUCUGACCGGGAGAGGCAGACGGUGGGGGGCGGGCAGGGAGGUGGGUCGGGGCAGGUGGAAGAAAUAAACACCAAGGAGGUGGCACAACGAAUAACGGCGGAGCUCAAGCGCUACAGCAUUCCCCAGGCCAUCUUCGCCCAGCGGAUCUUGUGUCGGUCCCAGGGAACCCUGUCUGACCUGCUGAGGAACCCUAAACCCUGGAGUAAACUCAAGUCUGGCCGGGAAACCUUCCGGAGGAUGUGGAAGUGGCUGCAGGAACCUGAGUUCCAGAGAAUGUCGGCACUCAGACUAGCAGCCUGCAAGCGCAAAGAGCAGGAGCAGCACAAAGACUGCAACAUGGUGCCCAAAAAGCAGCGGCUGGUCUUCACAGACCUGCAACGCCGCACGCUCAUCGCCAUCUUCAAGGAGAACAAGCGCCCGUCCAAGGAGAUGCAGAUCACCAUCUCCCAGCAGCUGGGCCUGGAGCUCAACACCGUCAGCAACUUCUUCAUGAACGCCCGGCGACGCUGUGUGGACCGCUGGCACGACGAGCACGGCACCAGCCCCGGCCAGCCGGGCACCUCGGCCACCACCUUUUCCAAAGCCUGAGAGGCCCGGGGGGAGCCACGGGGUGGCAUGGGGAUGGGGAGGUGGUACCUCCUGUAGCCCACUCCGUUCCCAAUAACCAUGUUGAUGCCUCAUUCGUUCCAUGCAACCACCUCUUGGUCAAUUGUAACUGUAACCACCACGAUCUGAAAGUCUCACCACUGGACUCUUAUGAAGCAAGUGAAACGUAAAGGUAACAUGUAGUCAGGUCCACACAAGGACAAUCACUUUUUUUUUGAUUGAAUUGGGUUUCUGUUGAUGGUGUCAGUCCAUCUACACUACAUGCACCAUCAUGAUAUGUUGCUAUGUUUAAACAAUCUCAACAUCAAGCCUCGGCCAGCCUCCCUACCAGGUAGUUGCUGCUGAAUCCCUCCCAGCACUCCCCUUUGUGUCUGCUAUGAGUCUGCUCAGCCUCACUCUCUACUCACAUUUCUCAACAAGGACAAAAGAACGUCAAUAAACCUGACAGCACACAGCCCUGUUAUCUAACCCAGUCCUGUGCGCAAGACCAUCCUAGAAAAAACAACACAACCCCAUGAAAAAACAAAAGCUCGACCGGUCUUCUCCUCCCUCUCUCCACUCCUUCUUCGCCAAAGGUAUUCCCUGAUGGCCAGCCAUUUCAGCGAGCCACUCGGAUCAUACGCCUGCAAACGAAUGAAUUGAAAAAUGGAUCGAUGCAGACAGGGAGAGGGAGCAGGGCCUUGACCCUUCCUGAAGGUGAAACAGAAGACGCUUGGCAGUAAAGAUACUCAGGUCUACCCGGCUGCCCAGGUCUAUAUUUUUGCACAGAUGUUGGAGGCCUGCAGGGAGACUGUCGUUGCUUUGGAGAAGCUGAAGCGUCUGUGUUUGUGACCGUCGGGGAGGCAAUAUGUCUGGACAUGCUCUUUGUUCAGGAGGGAGAUGCUUUUCACUGAUCAAUACAGAAACCAAGCGACAACACGGCCAGGCAGGCGUCCAGCCAACUGUAUUACAGCUGCUGCAGAGGAGAAUGUAAGAAGAGCACAUGGAAUUCAAUGGAGGUGGUGACACAAUGGCCUCGCCGUGGCAGCUGUCCAGUCUGCUCUGCACUGAAGGUGCCCCAGUGCCCCCUGCUGGUUAUAAGAGAAAGCUGGAGACAGCAGUCCUCGAGGAGAGGCUUCUCAGUGUGUUCCAGGGCUGGGGAGAGAGAGGCCAUGGCACAACAUUUUCAGGCACUCGAACCUCUCUGAAGGCAGAUCAAUAGAGAGCCAUUAUCCUAUUGUUGUUCCUCAUCCAACAAGACUGGUGAAGUAGGAGGAGGGGGAUGGUUCAACCAGCGGCCUAUACACUGGGAAAAAGAAGAGGCAGGUUUUUAGCAAGCACUCCAAAUACGUUACCUUGAUAACACUCACCAAGCAAAUAGAUGACCUUGUGUCACAAAAUACACGUUAGGGUAUUGCAAAGAUACACUCAGAAACACAUACAGUUGAUAUAGAGAUAUAUCUCAGUUUCAUUUAGUGGACAGAGGGGUAAUGAUGGAUCCAGAAACAUUUGAGGUGCUACGGAGAUUUAGUUUUACAUCAUAAUUUAAGCAAAAAUGGUGGAGGCUUCCUGUUUUGAAACUGAAUGACACACAGUUUAGAUGCAUCAUCUGUCUUUUACCAAAAAUAGGGAUCAGCAGAUUUGGAAAAGAGCAAAUCUUCCACUUGAUAUUCCCACGCAAUGGUUAUUAUCUGUGGCUAGCCGAGACACAAUACAGUCACAAAUGCUACAAGAACUAGUGCCAAUGCUAACUGCCUUAAUGAUAAUCAGAGAAUAUGGUAUUGCAUUCACACACAGCUACAGUGUGCCAAUACUCCUACUGAUGGGCAGUAUGUACCAUAGCAACCCACAAUAAACAUUUAAGUGAAUUAGAAUCUGCUUUUUUAGGAAGAAAAAAAAUCAACCCAAUUUUAAGGCAUACAAUACCAAACCUCAAAACCACAAAGAUACCACAAUAUGUUCCAAAGAAAAAUCCACCGACACAUACUUGACACAUUUUGAAACAGAGGAAAAUCUCUCUCUCUCUCUUUCAUUCUAUCUUUGGUUAUCUACCUCCUCUUCCCCUAUCCCCCUCUUUUCCCUCUCUUUCUUUCUUUCACUCUAUAAUAUUGAUGCGGGUAAUUAGUACCAUAGACACAAAGUUUAUAUUUCUUGUUACUUUUGUGCUCUGUCGUGCAUAAGUAAGGCACCUUGUUGAUAAAUCAAAAAAAGACAAAUGUAAGGACUUUUUAAAAGAAAAAAAAGAGGGAUGCGAGGACAGAGACCAAUGAAGGACAUAUUUUUUGCAUUAUAUGUGAAUAUUGACGAGGAGGAGACAUCUCCCAAGAACAGGAGAAACCAGGGAGAUGGACGAUGUAUUCUUUCGUGGCGUUUCAUGUAGGGCUGCGGUCCGUACAUCAGCACCCCUUUAACCUGAGCCUCAAAAACAGGCUGUGGAAAGGGGACACAACAUGACCUCCAUAAGUCCUUUCUGAUUAUGUGUGUG